AUGGAGCGUCGGAAUAAUGAAUCCAAAGCUUCGGUUGCCUCGGACCAGGUUUUGAUGAGGAUGGCUUCACGGCGGGAAGAUGAGAUCCAUGACAAGUUAUCGAAAAUCCAGAAAGCUAGUACUAGUGCUAGCCCCAGUCGUCCAAAUCCCACGGUGGUUGCUGGUAGGCCCACGGGGGAACAUGCAUCAAUGACGGUAAAUCCGGGGAAAGCUAGGUCUAUGUUUUUAGUGGUGUCUUUUUCUGAGGGCCGACACAACGAGGCAAUAUAUGAAGUAAAGUUCAAACGCAGAUGUACAGGAGAAGUUUUUGAUGAUGAUAUGGGCCGAGAAGCAGCUCCACUUCUUGAACCUCUAGCCAAGUUCUCGAAUAUGUUUUUCCUUCAGAGUGCGAGUAUCUCCUCCAAAAUAUAUCUACUUCAACAGGACACUCACGAUGAAAGUUCUUGGCCCUCCCCCGCUAGAUCAUUGGGAGGAUAUGUUUUUGACACGGAGACUAGGGCAGUAAUUCCAUCGAUUCCUCCUACCAUAGCAACUAAGCCAAUGGCAAAUGUUGUGUCUGCUAAUGGGAAAUUGUAUUAUCUUGCCUCUCCACACUGGUCCAGAUAUCCGGAUGAUCCAUGCUUUGAGAGAUAUGAUCCCAAUCUGGAGGUUUGGGAGUCAAUGCCUCCUUUUCCAUCUUAUGAUGAUUUCUUCGGUAUGGAAAUAACUGGUUAUGCCAUUUGUUAUGGUGUUAUUUUGUUUUCAUUGUGCAACGCGGACAACUGGAAUUCCAAAGUCCUUGCUUUUCAUGAGAGUAGAAAGGGAAAAGAAUGGAAUCAUGUUGAAGUUAACACUUCUACUUAUGCUCCUUUUCAUGGGAGGGCCGUGGUUGUAGGUGAGACUAUAUAUGCUUUAAAUAGGCGUUCGAAAGAGGAGAUUAUGGCAUUCUCCUUUAGAAUGGACAAAGGUGAUGACGGUGGUGUUGUAUAUUCACUAAGAAAACUGUUUAAAUUACGAGGCUUAAAAAUUGCGAGUCCGCCGCUGCCAUUUCAUUUGGGUAGGACAGAGUAUUUGGUUCAUUUAGGGAACCAUGACUUUUGUCAUAUUAAGAGUGGCACUUGCAAAGCACCUCGCCAUGUUCAAUAUCUUUGUAUCACCACGUUUCAAAUUGUUGUUGGAAAAAGAGGAAGACAUAUGAUUAAGACCUUGCAUUCAACUGUUCGUUCUGUGGAUCUCAUGGGCAAUGGUUGGUUCAGCCUUAAGCUAUGCUUCACACCGUAG